CGAUACCGCGGUCUCGGAAAUCACAGAUUUCCGUGGUUUAUUAUUUCUUAUGAGAGAAAUCUUCGCAAAUUCUUCUGAACAUCACUGAUAUUAUUAAAGUUUUGAUUCUUCAAAAAUAUCUUAACUUUUUUGUUCUGGAUUAAUCAAGUAAAUACUUUUCUAUCUGUGAAGUAAAGUUUUAGAACAGAGCCUUAGAAGUUUUGGAAUUAGUUAUCUGUUCCUAGACGAUCAUAUGUUCAUAUCUCAGUGAGAUAUAAUCGAUUUAUAGAAUAUUUAUAUGUAAAUAUGUUUUUGUACAUAUUAUCAAAAUAUAAUAUAAGGCCAUCAAACGGAAUAUUAUCUCAAUGGAUAAAUAUUUCCUUGAGAUUAAGUUCCUCGUCUUCAGUAUCUUCAUCAUCAGAUUCAUCAGAUUCAUCAGAUUCAUCUGACUCUGAUUCUGAUACUGAAAAAACAAAAUCGGAAACGACACCUGUUAAAAGUGCAAGCCCUGCAACGUCAGAUAACAAAUAUGAUUUGGAAAGCUACUUGAAUAACAUGAUGCAAUGUACCUUAAUAAAAAUAUCUGUUGCUCUUAGGCGAGAAAAAUUGCAGAAAACUAUUGAUGUUGCUAUGCAACCUAAAAAGAAAUCAAAAAAUAAGCUGAACAAACCUAUAUCUUUUGAAGAGAAAAUAAUAACUGCAGCAGAAAAUGUGGCUGAUACAUUUGGUGGAGAUAAAACAAAGACUACAUCAGACUUGCUUCUAAAAGUAAAAGUUCUUGUAUCUAGAAUAGAAGCUUCGAAAGAAGAACAAAUAAACAAAAAUAUGCAGAAGAAUGUUCAACUCAAACAAACGCAAUCCGAACAUAAUAUAGAAAAAAGCUCCCAGGAUAAACAUUCAGAAAAAAAAUCUAUAAUACAAACUCUACUGAAUGAAUAUAAUAAACAACCAAAGAAAGUAGUUGAAAAUACCAAGACAGUAUAUCAAGAUAGUAUAUCAAGACAGUUAUUAAAAAGCGCUAAAAAUGAAUCUAAAAAACAAUUACAAAAUCUUGAUAAUAAAAAACGUACCAGACGUCAAGAUAUUAAUCUAUGGGAUGGACAGCCUAGCCAUAUUUUUGAAAAUAUGGGUGUUACUUCGCCAAACAUACCAAAAUUGAAAACAUGGAUGGCAUUAGAACAAAGGGAGCUAAAAGCAAUAACGACUUAUCCACCUGCUAAUAUUUUCCAAGAACAAAUUCUUUGGACGGAGCAAGGAAAAUUAUGGAAAUUCCCGAUUGACAAUGAGCAAGGAAUGGAAGAACAGAAUGUUCAUUUCUCAGAACAUGUCUUUAUGGAACGCCAUUUAAAAGGAUGGUGCCCUAAAUCAGGACCAAUACGUCACUUUAUGGAAUUAGUGUGUGUUGGACUUUCCAAGAAUCCAUACUUGACAGUUCAAGAAAAAAUCAAUCAUAUUAUGUGGUACAAGGAAUACUUUGAAUCUAAACAAGACCUAUUGCAAGAAAUAGGAACAAUUCAGGAACCAUUCCCUGAUAAAUAAAAGAGAUUACAGAAUAAAUUAAAAAAACAUGUUAGUAUACUCCAACUGUGUUGUAUUUUCUUAUCACUAAAUAAAUUCUGUCUAUAAACAA